CCCUGGUCGGCUUCCUUCCGCAGCGUGGAGGUGAAUGACAUUGGUAUCUUUCAUAAGCCUGUACACAUCUGCUGGGUGUGAAGAUGUCUUUAACCUUUUUGUUCAGAACAAUAACAAGAGAUGUCCCAAAGGUCAGCAUUUUCCAGCCUGUACAGUCCUUACACACAGGAUGUCAGCUGCUGGCAGCAGAGAAAGCCCUCCUGAUGAAACUGCGGAAAAGCACAGGCUACACGUUUAUUAACUGUAAGAAAGCACUGGAGAAGUUUGAUAAUGACAUGGCUCAGGCAGAGACGUGGCUGCAUGAGCAGGCCCAGAAGGAGGGCUGGAGCAAAGCAAGCAAGCUCGAAGGUCGCAAAGCCAAAGAGGGCCUCAUUGGUGUGUUUGUAGGAGAUAAAGCCGCAGUAAUGGUGGAGGUGAACUGUGAGACAGACUUUGUGGCACGCAAUGAGAAGUUUCAGCAGCUGGUUAGGGAUGUGACAUUUGCCACCUUGGCUCACCACAGAAAUAAAACUCAACGUCAGCCAGGAUAUGUGAAGAGUGUCCUGUCAAGUGAUGAGUUAAGCAAACUCAGUGUGGGUGAAGGAGCUUCAUUAGCUGACCAGGUGGCUCUCACAAUAGGUCGCCUUGGUGAGAACAUGUCUUUGAAGCGGGCAGUGACAGUGGGCGUCCCCGCUGAAUGGGAAAUUGGCUCAUAUGUACACGGGGGUGUCAGCAGCCAGACUGAGGUGGCCAUGGGCCGGUAUGGCGCUCUGGUCAUAUUUCAAGGUGGGAAGGAGGGAGAGCAGGAAACACUAGGUCGUAAACUGGGACAGCAUAUAGUGGGAGAGGCUCCUUUGUCUCUGGGUAACAUGGAUGAUCUGCCCUGUGGUGAAAGUGAGACACGCCUGCUACCUCAGACCUUUCUGGCAGACACCAGCAGGACUGUGGCACAGUUCCUCAGAGGUCAGCAGGCUCGAGUGCUGGACUUUGUGCGAUUUCAGUGCGGAGAAACACCUGACAACACAGAAUGAAGAUCGAGAAAUCAUUUAUCCAGAUGAAUUUGACAUGUUUAUUUCAUAUGUGAAUGAAAUUUAGGUUCUUGUUUAUUAUGUAGACUGAGGCAUCACAGUCACACAGUGUCAUGAGUUUGAAAGCGGAGUAUAUGGACCUGCCAAUGUUGGUGCCUGAUGAAUUGACCAAUCCAACAAUAAAAUGUUU